CGGAGGCAAAUGUAAACACAUCACAUUUGCAGGCCCAGACUUGGGCUGCUGCGUGGGAACUCCGACCCGCGCCCGGUUCUAGCAGCGCGCAGGAGACAGGGACGCGGCUGAUCCAGCGCCGCCGGAGCCUCUUAACGGCCCGCGGCCUGUGCGGGUGCGCAUGCGCGAGGCGGUGCGGCUGGCAGGUCGGUCCGGGUUCCAGACGGCGGGGAAGGUUGAAGGAACUCCAUGUUUGAAGAUGCCAGCUACAGCAUAUGAAAGACUAGUUUACAAGAGCCCCUCGGAGUACCACUACAUGAAAGUCUGCUUAGAGUUUCAAGAACACGGAGUUGGACUGAAUACAGCCCAAUUCAAACAACUGCUUGUUUCAGCCCUGAAGGACCUGUUUGGGGAGGUCGGUGCUGCUUUACCUGUGGACAUCCUAACCUAUGAAGAGAAGACUUUGUCAGCCAUCUUGAGAGUAUGCAGCAGUGGUCUGGCUAAAUUGUGGAGCUCUUUGACCUUGUUUGGAACCUAUAAAAACAAGAAGUGUGCCUUCAGAGUGAUUCAGGUGUCUCCCUUUCUCCUUGCAUUAUCUGGUAAUAGCAGGGAACAAGUGUUGGGUUGAAUACUCUUAAAGUUCCAGAAACUUCCCACUCUGAACAGUAUCUUUUGAUGUCUACAUAGAC